GAGCCUUCCAGACUCACUCCUCCCUCUCCCUCUUGUCUUUCUGCUGGGAAACAACUGCUUACUCUGAAGCUAUGGCCAAGGACAUAACUCUAAUGUGGGGCGCUGGCUCUCCUCCCUGCUGGAGGGUCAUGAUCGCUCUGGAGGAGAAGAACCUGCAGGGCUACAAAAGCAAGCAGCUGUCCUUUGAAAAAGGGGAGCAUAAGUUGAAGGAAGUCACUGACAUUAAUCCCAGGGGUCAGCUUCCUGCCUUCAAACAUGGAAACAUUGUCCUGAACGAGUCCUACGGUGCUUGCCUGUACCUGGAGGACCAGUUCAAGUCCCAAGGAAACAAGCUGAUACCUGACAACAAAGCAGAAAGUGCACUGAUGUACCAACGGAUGUUUGAGGGGCUCACGCUUUUCCAGAAAAUAGCGCAAUCUCUCUUCUACACGCGGUUUGUCCCAGAGAACGAGAGGCACGACUCGGCCGUGAAGAGAAACAGAGAUGACUUGAAGACUGAGGUCAAACUGUGGGAGGGAUACCUGCAGGGAACAGGUCCUUACCUUGCUGGAAAGAACUUUUCUCUGGCUGAUGUCAUCGUCUUCCCAGUGAUCGCUUUUCUCUUCCGCUUUGGUUUGAAUGAGGAGCACUACCCUAAACUGGCAGCUUACCACAACACUGUGAAGGACAGACCCAGUAUCAAGAACACCUGGCCUCCUAAUUGGAAGGACACUCCCGGACAGGAUGCUCUGAAGGACUUCUAAGUUUCAAACUAAAUGUUGUUUUUGUGUUCAAUUUCUAACUACAUCUUCUGCUACUGUGCAGGUUUACAUUUAAAAAAAGACAGAUUAUUUACUUUUACUGUUAGGUGCUUUGUGUUACCAUUUAUAUGUGAUGUCUUCUAAAGAUGUGUCUGCUGUGAACCACAGAAUAAAUAGCACUGAAAUUCA